UAAAUUUAAAUAUAUGCAAAAUAAAAAAGUGAAAAAUUAAAGCUACUACCAGAAAUCAACAGGAUGAAGACCCCGAGAGUGAAAAUUCACGAAAGUUUCCAUGUCUGUUUAAUCGGUGAACAAUUGAAGCAGAAUCGCACCAGGAAAGAUUCCGGUAUUGCUUGUAAACCCCCAAUCGAUUCGGGUGAAGAUGGAGAUGAAGAGGAGGAGAUCUAAAAUGAAGAAAGAUAAACAUCACAAUGAAAUGAAGUGAGUAAAUACAAAAGAUGAUGAAAAUGAUGAUGGUGGUGGUGGUGAUGGUGUGAAGGAGGAGAAGUUGGAUGAUGAAGAGUAAAAGAGAAAGUAAGGAGCAGGGAGAAAGAUUGAGUUUGUAUUGAGGGUUGUCACAAAUAUUAAGGAACGAGUUUUCGUAGUCAAGCUUGAAAUUAUGAUUUGAAACAAACAACAGUCAAAAGAAAAGUGAACGGUAAUGAUGAUGUAAAAGUUGAGGGUGAAGAGAAAAAAGGUAAGAAAAGAAAGAGAAGCUAAAAGGAGGGAAAAGAAAAACUAAAGAGCUAAAUAGAAGGGAAAGAAGAAGAGAAAGUUAGUGAGAGUUCAUUUGAUGAAAAUUAUUUGAUGAAACGGUAAAAACAGUUGACAAGAAAUGGUUAACCAUAACCAGUGUAUCCAUGAACAUUUUUGUAUCUCCACUAAAGCAAACCUUUUUUGUCAAUGUUGUAACUAACCGAUUCAAAUGAUCAACAAAUUGCUUGACAUUAACCCAUCCACCAUUAUAAGUGUAUAACUACGUGACUCAAUAUGUCUAUCCUCAACCAUUAUCACCAUCUUGGAGACAAGUGUUUACUGUUGUGAUCAACUUAACCAGUGAUUCACUUUUUUGUUCACCAGCUUACCAGAUUUACCACUUCUAGUGUGACAUUUGUUUCAACCAAUUAUUAACUCAACUGACAGCGGAUUUUUUAAUUAUUUGACUAAUUCUUUCAUCAAAAACUCUGAUAGCAAUCUAAUUUAUCCAAUCCAUAACCAUGUUUAACCGAUUUUUAUCCAUAUUUGGUUGUUUAUUGUUUGUCUUCUAUGUAACUUACCAAGAAAGUCCAAAUAACGCAGCUGUUCUGAAGAAUGCCAAAGAAGCCAACGAAUGGUCCAAUUUGAGGUUACAUUUGAAGCAGAAAAUUGGUUCACCCGGUAAAUUAUUAAAAACUGGUAAAGGCGAUUUACCACCAUCAGAUCCACUUGACCUUUCAUCUCUAUGGUUUGUCUUUGAUGACCAUAAAGGCUAUCUCAACGCAUCUCUUCACAAUGUCAAAGUCCAUGGACUAUCUGGAUUAUCUUUGAAGGAUACAGCAUUCAAUGAUAACACCAAGGAACUUUCCGUACUCUUUGCAGUUCCAAGUUUAUCAGUAACCAGUGAAUACAGCAUCAAGCACCGCCUGGGUGAUAAUUUAGUCGAUGAUUAUGGUAAACUUCAUCUACAUCUGAAUCAUUGGUACACAACUUGGUUCUCUAGAGUCUUAUCUUUCAACAUUACCAGGGAUGAAUUGACUGUUGGCCGAAUCUCUGUUAAAUCCUAUUUCGACAAUGUAACCAAAGAGUUUACCAGUUCCUCCUAUUAUAUCGGAGCCAACCCGAUAGCUUAUGCCAAUACAAUUGAAACCAUAACAGUCAUGUUGUCCAAUAAAAUUCAGAGUGAGGUAGAUGAAAGGUUAAAUCUACUUUUAUCACAAUUUAUAGACGAAGAGCCAGCUACGUUAAGUGAUAUGUUGAGGAUAGCAGCUCACUGGAAAGACGCUGUAACUAAACCUUCCGAGGGUAGCUUAAGUCGAGGUAAAAGACAAGUUCCUUGUGAACCAGGUGAUGAACUGGAUGAAUAUGUAGACAGUUUAUUUAGAUUUGCAUCCCGAAUUGUUCGUGCCAUGGAACCCAUUGGUUUGCCCAAUGCAACGGUUGAACUUCCAGAAUACAAUUUAAAAUUGUUUUUAUACAAAGGAGGUGCUUCCAGAGCCUAUUCAUUAACAAGAAAAAAGUCAGCAUGGGUUUUCUGUACCAAUGAGUCAAUUUCAUUAGGACUUACCGUUGGUUUCAAUGAUUUACGUGUUAAAUAUAAAUAUAGGGCUAUAUUUGAUUGGAAUUUGUUGUUUGAUGGUGAACUGGAGGCCAAUUUACAAGGAACCAAAGCACAAGUACAAUUUACACAGACCACACCUGAUGAUGAUUCAGAGGAAGAAGUACAGCAGAGAGUUGACAGAGUUAGGAUUUGGAGACUUGGCCGGAUCCGGGUAAUCUUGAAAGGAUUGGGUAACUUAACGCAAGCUGUAUCCAUGUUACUUACCCGCGCAUUGAACUCUAAUCAGGAACAACUUGAUCCAACUCUUAGACGGCUGGAAAACGAAGCACUUGUUGUAGUAAAUGAAAUGCUUAAAAACAUUAGCGUUCCAUUUUUUUCCAUUGUAUAAAAGUCACCAUUUUGACCAUUCCAUCGUUUUCACCUUUAGAAUCAUCAUUACCAGUUAUUUUGUUGGUUCCAUCUUUUUUACUCAUCUUUACAUAAUGUUGAAGUUACCUUCAGUGUUAACACCAUUGUCAUCGUUCUCAUUACCACCUUAUUCUCAUCAUUAUUCUAGAUUGUCAUCAGAUCAAUCAACUAUUACUAAAAAUUUGUUCAUCGCAAACAAAGAGUCCAUCAAAAUUGUUUUAAACAUUUACUUUUGAACAUUUCCAUUUUUGUCAAACAUAUUUUUUUUUCUCAUGGAAAACCAAGUUUCCUAAACUGUAUUUUAAAAACUAUAUUUUUUAAUGUUAAGUCUGAUUGUUUUAUUUUAUUUGAUAGUUUUUAAGUAAAUUUUUUAAAUUUAUUUUUAUAAUAAAUAAUUUAAUACCUGAAA